GGGGCUGCGCGUCUGUCAGCGGCUCCACCGGCGCAUCCGCGACUCUCACGGUCCGACGGCCGCUCUGCAUGGAUGCACCAUGGCCACGUUCAUAUGCAGGGUGCAGUUCCUAGAUGAUACUGAUCCGUUCAACAGCACCAAUUUCCCCGAGCCCACCAGACCCCCUCUGUACACCUUCAGGGAGGAUAUUCCUCUCAUCAAUCAGAUCGCUGGAGUCCACAGACUGCUGAAAGCUCCGCAGAAGCCCGAUGACUGCGCCCUUCAGCUGUCCCACAAUGGAAGCUACUUGGACCUGGAGUCUACCCUGGCAGAGCAGAGGGACGAGCUGGAAGGGUUUCAGGAGGACGGAGGGAGAGGGAAGAAACACAGCAUCAUUCUGCGGACGCAGCUGUCUGUCAGGGUUCACGCCUGCAUCGAAAAACUCUACAACUCAACGGGACGUGAGCUACGCAGAGCACUCUUCUCCCUCAAGCAGAUUUUUCAGGAUGACAAGGACCUGGUGCACGAGUUUGUCGUGGCCGAAGGACUGACGUGUUUGAUAAAAGUCGGCGCCGAAGCCGACCAGAACUACCAGAACUACAUCCUCAGGGCACUUGGCCAGAUAAUGCUGUACGUGGACGGGAUGAACGGCCUCAUAUCUCACAAUGAGACGGUCCAGUGGCUUUACACCCUGGUCGGAUCCAAGUUUCGUCUGGUGGUGAAAACGUCCCUGAAGCUGCUGCUGGUGUUCGUUGAGUACACCGAAUGUAACGCCGCCCUGCUCAUCAAGGCUGUGAACGCCGUGGAUACCAAGACAGGUACAAAACUGUGGUCGAACGUCAUGGAGAUCCUGGAUGAGAAAGACGGCGUGGACACGGAGCUGCUGGUGUUUGCAAUGACGCUCAUCAACAAGACUCUGGCUGGCCUCCCGGAUCAGGACUCCUACUACGACAUGGUGGACUGUCUGGAGGAGCAGGGCAUCGAAGCCACGGCGCAGAGACACCUGAGCAGGAAGGGAACGGACCUUGACCUUGUGGAGCAGUUCAACAUCUACGAGGUGACUCUUCGACACGAGGACGGUGACAAUGAAACCCAGCUGCCCCCAAGUGGGCGAAAGGACCGGCGGCGAGCCAGCGUGGGCGGCUCCCACGAGAGGCGGGGCCUGGAGAGGAGGCGCAGCCGAAGACACUCGCUCCAGAGCAGCAGGGGCCACGCCUCCGCCCCGGCGUCUCCCAGCAGCCCUCACUCUCACACAGGUGGCCUCCUGCCGUUUGGCGGCCAGCGGGUGGAAGACAUCAGCGAGAGAGAAGAGGAAGAAGAAGAGGAGGAGGAGGAGGAGGAGGAGGAAGGGGAAGAGGAGGAGGAGGAUGAGGAGGAAGAGGCAGAUGAUGAAAGUCAUCCAGUUUCUGAGUCCUCUAGACAGGGUGCUCGCAGUGUGGCUCCAGCUGUAGCAGGCUCUCCUAACAUGUGUUUGAACUUAAAGUGUAUGGCCAACAUCCUCUCUGACCCCAGUGACCCUGACGGGCAGAGAGAGUGUCUGAGCGCCGAGGCCAGGGCGCCGCCUCCCGUGUCCGUCGCACCUCAAAAGAGGACCUUUAGUCCUUGCCUGACAGAUACUUCGUCUCCUCCCUCUCACGCUGCUAGAAAGCCCUGCUGGGCGGAAAGAGUCGGCACCAGCGGCUCUCCGUAUCCCGGUAAACAGCAGACUCCCGCAUCGCCGACGCAUCGCUUCACCAGUUCAGCUGCCGUCACACCAGAAUCCAACAGACCUGCGUUGGGAGGCUUGCUCACGUCGUCGUACAGACAGCACCAGGAGUCUCUGGCCGCAGAAAGAGAGAAGAGACGCCUGGAGAGGGAGGAGCGGCUGCAGAGGAUCGAGCGGGAAGAGAGGAACCGCUUUAACCGAGACUGCGCAGACAAGCGGGAGGAAGCAAGACAGGCCAGAGAGGAAAGGUACAAGGCCGCCGAGCGGCUCGCCGCAGAGGAGUUUGAGCGAGAGCGUCCCAGAGCGCCCGUCCGAGGACGGACGGAGAUCACUCUGUGCUUGAGUUCGAACCCAGCCAGCCGCUCAGCGUCACGCUGCACCACGCCGUCUUCCAUCGCGUCUCAUGAAGACUCGGUCAGCAGUGCACGGCAGGCGCCAGGAGCAGAACACGUUUCGGAGCCAAAAGCCGACCCACCGACCAGAAGUGAAAGUCCAGCAGCAGACGUAUCGGAGCGUCCCGCCGCUCCCCCCGCCGACCCGGACAAAUGGCGAAGCGUGACGAAGUCAGAGACGGAGGAUAUCGCUGAGACUCAGCGUGAAAAGGAAGCAGCAGCCGAGGCGACGUUAAGUGAACAGAGGGAGAGAGAGGAGGUGCAGGAGAGGCCGGAGCAGCAGGAGCAGGGCAGGGAUGAGGCGGCGGGAGACGAGGCCGAGGCCGAGGCGACGGAGGCGGAGGCGGAGGAGGAGUCAGAGAAGGAGCAGCCGGCAGAGAGGGAUGUGGAAGACGGUGUACUGUUAAGUGAGAAGGAGAGACAGAACGAGGAGGUGAAUGAGAAGGACAACUGCUCUGCGUCCAGCAUCUCGUCCACCAGCAGCACUCUGGAGAGGGAGGAGCGCGAGGAGAAGCUCGCCAGCGACACUGAAACAGGCCGGUGGACGCCGUGCAUCAAAGAGGAGGACGUCAACAACCAGUGCAACAAGAUCCUCAACAGCAAGCGCUUCAUGCUGGACAUGCUCUACGGCCAGAAGGCGGCCGGCGAGGACGAGGAGAGCGUGGAGGAGUCGGAGAAGGAGAGGUGUAAGUGUGAGAAGGAGGCGGAGGUCGGCGACUCCGUGGCCAGCCUGGCCAGCAGGAUCUCCACGCUGGAGGCUCACAGGCAGGCCCGGGGGGAGAGCGUGAAGAAGAUGGAGGUGGGACAUCUGGACAACCAGGGCAGCGUCCGGGCCGUGGCCGAGAAGUUCGGCGAUCUGGUCAAAGGCCUGACGUCCCCCCCCGAGCCGGAGACGUCGAGAGACCAGCAGCAGGCGGACAAGGCGUCCGCCGCGGCCUCGCCGCCGGCGCCGCCGAAGAAGGAGUCGGACCACAUCUGGGACCAGCUGCUGGCGACGCCCAGAGAGCUGCGGAUCAAGGAGAUGGACUUCACCGACCUGCGGGACGACGACGACAUGGACGUGUUGGACAUGGACACCGUGACGGGGUCGCACGAGCUGACGCCGCCCCUACCCCCUCCGCCGUUCAGCGCCGCCCUGCCGCCGCCCCCGCCUCUGUUCGGGUGCCCGCCGCCCCCGCCCAUCCUGGGCAAAAUGAUGCCGCCGCCGCCGCCGUUCAUGGCCCCGAUGCCGCCGCCCUCCCCGCAGCUGAGCCGAGGGGAGGCGCCGCUCUUCCAGAAGAAGAAGAAGACCAUCCGCCUCUUCUGGAACGAGGUGCGCCCGGUGGACUGGCAGUGCAAGAGCCACAAAUUCUGCAGGGAGUCUCUGUGGUCCAAACUGGAGCCCGUCAAGGUGGACACGUCCAAACUGGAGCAGCUGUUCGAGUCCAAGUCCAAAGAGCUGCCCGUUACCAAGAAAGCAGCUGUCGAUGGCAAACGACAGGAAAUCAUCGUUCUGGACUCAAAGCGCAGCAACGCUAUAAAUAUCGGCCUGACUGUUUUGCCUCCUCCUCGCACAAUCAAGACCGCUAUCCUCAACUUUGACGAGUACGCGCUCAACAAGGAAGGCAUUGAGAAAAUCCUCACCAUGAUCCCCACCGAGGAGGAGAAGCAGAGGAUCCAGGAGGCUCAGCUGGUCAACCCCGACGUCCCGCUGGGCAGCGCCGAGCAGUUCCUGCUCACCCUCUCCUCCAUCACCGAGCUGUCGGCCCGCCUGCAGCUGUGGGCCUUCAAGAUGGACUACGAGCUGAUUGAGAAGGAAGUAGCAGAACCUCUGCAGGACCUGAAGGAAGGAAUGGACCAGCUCGAGAAAAACACAACGCUCCGAUACAUCCUGACCACCCUGCUGGCCAUCGGCAACUUCCUCAACGGCUCCAACGCGAAGGGCUUCGAGCUCAGCUAUUUGGAGAAGGUCCCGGAGGUGAAGGACACGGUUCACAAGCAGUCCCUGCUGCACCACGCCUGCUCCAUUGUGGUGGAGAAGUUUCCGGACAGCACCGACCUCUACUCGGAGAUCGGCGCCGUCACCCGCCUCACCAAGGUGGACUUCGACCAGCUGCAGGACAAUCUGGCCCAGAUGGAGCGACGGUGCAAAGCAUCAUGGGAUUACCUAAAAGUCAUCGCAAAGCACGAGAUGAAACCAGCGUUGAAGCAAAAGAUGUCCGACUUCCUCAAAGACUGUGCAGAGAGAAUAAUCAUCCUCAAGAUCGUGCAUCGGAGAAUUAUCAACAGGUUCCACGCCUUCCUGCUGUUCCUGGGCCACCCGAUCUACGCCGUGCGCGAGGUCAGCAUACACCGCUUCAGCAAGAUCCUGAGCGAGUUCGCCCUGGAGUACCGCACGACGCGAGAGCGCGUGCUGCAGCAGAAACAGAAGAGGGCCAACCACCGGGAGAGGAACAAGACCAGGGGGAAAAUGAUCACAGAUAGUGGUAAAUUUGGCGGCGCCCCGUCCGACGCGCAGGAGAGCCCGCCUCAGGGGAUCCAGUACGCCGAAGACGCCGUGGAACACGAGAACAUGAAGGCCGUUCUGAAAAGCAGUCUGCAGGGCGGAGAGGGUGGGACGUCCACCGUGCCGGGCCUCCGCGGCCGAACCAGAGCCGGCGGCGCCAGAGUUUCAGGGCGUGUGGCCCCGUGGUGCUCUGCCAGCGACGACCCGCUGCACUGCACCGACGACACGGCGGAUGAGAUCAUGGAGCGCAUCGUGAGGUCGGCCACUCAGGGGCCCGGCCAGCGGACGCAGCCCCGGGAGAGGCGGCGGUCCAGAGCCAACCGGAAAUCACUGAGGAGGACGCUGAAGAGCGGCUUGACGACGGAGGAGGCCAACGCUCUGGGCUUAUCCAGCGGCUCGGAGAUGCAGGUGUGAGCCGGAUUCCCGCCGGGAAGCUCGGACAUCUGGAAGCCGUUUCACUGCCCCAGCAUCCAACCUGGCAACCCGCUCCGCCCUCGGCUCGGCACUAAACCCCCACCCCACCCCCUCCAGCCCCCCUAGGCUUGGAUGAGUUGAUCUCAUCUCUAUGUGUUUGGUUUACAAGUGUUAGCGGGAGACGGCGGGUGAAAAGCUGCACAGGAUGAGUUGUUGUUUCCAUGAAGUGACGGGCAGAGAGAGCACAAACACACCGCCGCGUUCAAACCGCUCCGCUUGGCUUUUUGCAGGGUAAGCAUCAACAAUCUGCGCUCAUUACGGCUCAAUCACAAUCAUCCUCGGAGCGUGACAUCGCAUACAAACAGUGUGUGGAGUGUGUGUGUGUGUGUGUGUGUGUGUGUGUGUGUGUGUGUGUGUGUGUGUGUGUGUGUGUGUGUGUGUGUGGAUGGAUGUAUGUGUGUGUGUGUGUGUGUCGAGGCUGAGGGUGUCCCAGCUGCUUGCUUCGACUUCAGUGGCCUUGACUGAAUCCAGAGGGCUCCGUGUGGGAUACGCUCCACCCCCCGGAACGCCCCGCGUAGCUUUUUAUUCACGAACUGAACUCAUCUAUUGAGUAGAUGUCCGCGCGCAACAGCGGGAGUCCUGUUGAAUACUACUGUGGUAGUUUUGUGGUUGAUUUUUUUUUUUUUUUUUUGCUCGACAAGGUGCUCAAACAAGGAACAAUUGCACUGGAUGUAAAACGCCGGGUUUUGGAGGGAAGGCGAACCGCCCCGACGUCCCGGAGCACGCUCAGCGGUGAACACAGCAGCACAGUUUCUAACAUCCGAACAGAGUCAAGCAGGUUUAGCCAAAGGUUGACGGUACGACUGGUUUCAGGCUCGUCAUGCAGACGUUUCGGCGCGAUGCGUUCUCGCCGAGGCGAGCGAGCUUCCCUCAUGUAGUAGCUGCACAUUUCAGAGUGCCUUUCAGAGACAGUUAUUUAUUGAGACAAUUUCAGGGACAUAUAUAUUCGAGAUAUAGCUACAGGUGUGCGGUCUGCGAGCGCUGACACGAGACAACCGCGGUGUGGAUCAUUCAUCAGCUGUGACAUAUUUUUAACCAGUGUUUUUAAAAGUUGUCUUGGCAAGUUCCUUUUUUUUUUUUUUUUUUUUUGUGAUCCUGUUUAGGAUCAAAUAGUUUAUGAAGAUAGCUUUAAAGUAUUUAUGACAGUUUUAGGGACUGGGUAUGCACAGUAGCUAGAUCCUCUUUGCCUUACUGUAUAACACGGGCAUGCGUUACUCCACUCCGGUCAGGAUGUAGGUGAAAAUAAAACACGCAAAAUGUUUUUGUAGUUCAGCCGGCGUCUGAGGAAAGCAGUCGGUUCGUACGCCAACGACACCUAAUGUUGUUAUGUUCCAUAAUUCACUCAUUUAAAACAUUGGUCUGGAUGGGCGUAAAUGUAUUUCGUCCAUUUUUAAACCGUUAUCGAGCUCAUUGUGCCGUUAACUCAACACGGAAUGGCCUCGACUUACUUUAGAGCGCACGAAUGUCCAGUUUUAAUGUGGCUUGCAAACUUUCACUGUGAUGGAACAAUAAGCCAUUGAUAGUGAGAAGAAGACAGCUCAUCACAAUAAAGCUCCAAAGGUAGUUCAUAAUCCCACUAAAAAACUAUGUAGAUGCUGUUUUUUUUUUUUUUUUCUGAAUUAACGACAUGCAAUGAAAUAUCCAUUUUACGCUCAAUUUUGUGAAAACGAUUUAAUGGUUGUGGGGUAAAACAUGAGAUUUGAUAUGUUUUUCCUUUUAGUAAUAUUGACGGCUACCUUUGGAAAGUCUACACUGAUCUGAUUUUCAGUUCAUCUCGUUAAUUUAGAAAAAAAUAAAAAAAAAAAACAGCAAAUUGAGUUUGUUGUGUGGAUGCUUCUGAAACACCAAUCCCAGCACUACAUUUUUUUCUUUUUUUUUUUCUUUAUAAAUUACUGGAAACUAUUCAGCACCUUAGGCUCGAUGUGUAGCAUGCCACUCUGCAGGAGGAGCUCAUUGUGUUAAAACGAUUGUACGAAAACUUUUGGAGAAAAAAAAAGCAAUAUAGGGAGGGAGGGGGGUGCUGUAAAACGAUGUACAUGUCUUUUUGUUUGUUUUUGGGUCAAUGUGUAGCAUAGUGUAAUAUAGACUAAAAGCAGUGUUAUUCUAAUUAUAAUUUAAGAAAACCAAGCCAUGCAUGGUUUA